UUGUGUUGUUCAAUCAAUGGCUGCGCGUUUUGCACUCUUCGUAAUUACCAUCACUCUCACAAUCCGGGUCACCGUCGCUGAGAUCCGAUCCACACAGAUCCGAUCCGAUUCACGUUCCACUAUCCCUUUUGACGAAUUCGGGUACACCCAUUCGGGUCGUUUAAACCUAACCGUAACCGACAUCUCUUUCUCCAAUAACCAGAAAACCCCAAUUUCUCAAUUAGGGUUUUUCCUAUGUACCCUAGACGCGUGGGUACACGUGCUUGAACAACUUCAAGAAGGUGAAAUUCAGUGUCCACUUGAAUCUAAUCUUAUAAAAAAAGUCUUCACUUUUGACCACUUGCAACCGCAGGCGCGUGAGUUCACUGCCUCGUUUAGUGUAUCUGAUGCUAAUCAGUUUACUCUUGCUUUUGCUAAUUGUAUGCCCAAUUUGGAAGUUACUAUGAAUGUACGUUCUGUUAUGUAUAAUUUUAACCCAAAAAGUGGCAAUCUUGAUUUUUUAUCAGCUGGGAAAACUGCACUUCCUGUUAUAUAUUUGUUGUUUUUUAUGGUGUAUGUGUUGUUAGGGACUGUUUGGGUUUAUACCCUUUAUAGGAAAAGGUUAACUGUUUAUAAAGUUCAUUUCUUUAUGCUCGCGGUAUUGGUGCUGAAGGCAUUGGAUUUGUUAAGUGAAGCUGAAGAUAAAUCGUAUAUUAAGAGAACAGGAACUGCUCAUGGUUGGGAUGUUUUGUUCUAUAUAUUUAGUUUCUUGAAAGGGAUUACGUUAUUUACGUUGAUUGUUUUGAUUGGUACUGGUUGGUCAUUUGUGAAGCCUUAUUUGCAAGAUAAAGAAAAGAAGGUUUUGAUGGUUGUGAUACCGUUGCAAGUUGUGGCUAAUGUUGCACAAGUUGUGAUUGAUGAAACUGGCCCGUUUGGUGAGAGAUCGUAUACGUGGAAGCAGGUUUUCUUGCUUGUAGAUAUUGUGUGUUGUUGUGCUGUGUUGUUUCCUAUUGUGUGGUCGAUUAAGAACUUGCGUGAGGCAGCAAAGACUGAUGGUAAAGCGGCUGUGAACUUGAUGAAGUUGACAUUGUUUAGGCAGUAUUAUAUUAUUGUGAUAUGUUAUAUAUACUUCACGAGGGUUGUCAUUUAUGCUCUGGAGACCAUUACUUCGUAUCGGUAUCAGUGGACUAGUGUGGUGGCUGCUGAACUGGCUACACUUGCCUUCUAUGUCUUUACUGGGUAUAACUUUAGGCCUAAGGCGCAUAACCCCUAUUUUGCAAUUGAUGAUGAAGAGGAAGAAGCUGCUUCAGAGGCACUCAAGCUUGAAGACGAAUUUGAAUUGUAAUCACCAUUGUAAGAAGGCUCCAGAAAUAAAACAAUCUAAAGUGAAAUGGCACGUGCUUUUUAAUUUUACUCAUAGAUUUUCGUGCUGAGAAGCUGACCUCUCUGUUGUACAAAUUGAUUAAUGAUUUUGUCAGCAAUUCAAGAUAUUGUGACCUAUUAGUGGUAUUCAAGAUAUUGUAUUAGCGGUAGUCCCGAUAGUUUUCUUUUUGGAUAGUAAUAUGUUGAAUGGAUAUGUCAAUUUCACAAUUAAUAUUAUGCUCAGUUUCACAAUUAAUAUUAUGCUGGACUUUCCAGGAA